AUGGUUGAAGCAGCGCUGAAAGCUGGCUAUCGUCUCUUUGAUACGGCUGAACUGUACAAAAACGAGAAGGAGCUUGGAGUUGCAUUUGCUGAAUAUCUACCUAAAUUUGGACUCAAACGUGAGGAUAUCUUCAUCACAACAAAGGUCCAGAUCAUGGACGGAAAGGUCUCCGAGUGGGCAGAGCAAAGCUUGAAAGAAUCGCUGGAGAAACUCAAAACCGAGUAUGUAAAUUAA